CUAGAACUUCCUAUAUGCUCAUGGUUGGAUACCUGAAAUAUCUGCUUCUCUAGAGCUCAGAAUGAGGUGACAGCCGAGCCACAAAAAGAAAAUACUUGGACUCUGACGCACUGCAACUCAGGUACCACCUCUCACUGAAUCUUCGUCCUGUAUUUGAUCUCCUCAUCGGAUUUCGACAACGCUCCCACCGAGAGGGCGCAGUACUCCAGCUUAGACUUCGAAAACGAAAUCACAGCAUUUUGUCAAGUUUGAGGACGAGCAAUACUUGUCACGAGCUUCGGGCCGAAGAUGUCUCAGAUCAGUUGCGUCCCCUUAAUUGGGAUGCUCCUCUUCUAUGGGGUGCUGGUGGAUGGCUACUAUCCCACCCUCUAUGAUAAUUAUUAUGCCAGCUCCUGUAAAGACGCAGAGUCCGUGAUUCAGCAGACCGUGAGCGCCGAGCUUGACAAGGACCUUAAGCAAGGUGCUGGUCUCAUCCGUAUGCAAUACCACGACUGCUUCGUUGAGGGCUGCGACGCGUCAAUACUGCUCGAUGGACCAGACGCGGAGAAGACGGCUGAUGUGAACGCUCACUUGAAGGGCUUCGACGUGAUCGAUGCCGCAAAAUCGGCCGUGGAGGCAAUCUGCCCGGGCGUCGUUUCAUGCGCGGACAUUAUAGCUUAUGCAGCUCGGGACAGCACGGUCAAGUUAAAUGGUUCGAGCUGGGUGGUGCAAGGAGGAAGAAAAGAUGGUAUUGUUUCCAGCGCCGCCAAUGCUGAAGCUAAUAUUCCACCGCCGACAUUCGAGGUGACGCAGCUCAUCGACGCUUUCGUGCAAAGAGGACUGACUGCAUGGCAGAUGGUGGUCCUCUCGGGCUCGCACACGGUCGGAGUGGGGCACUGCGAUAAGAUUGUCUCGCGGCUCUACAAUUUCGACUCCACAGACUUCACGGACCCAACCAUCGACCCGACGUACGCCGAGCAGCUUAAGGCCGACUGCCCGCAGUUCACUUUCAACACGACCAUCGAGGUGUUCAUGGACGUGCUGACUCCAGGUGAAUUCGAUUCCGGCUACUUCGACACUCUCGAGCAGAGCAAAGGUCUCUUCACUUCCGACCAAUCUCUGUACCUGGACUCGCGGACCAAGAGCUCCGUGGAAGCUCUCAAAGAUGAGGCCAAAUUCGAAGACGAAUUCGCCAAGGCCAUGAUCGCUCUCGGGACCGUCGGAGUAAAAACCCAAGGCCAGGUCCGCACAAACUGCCGUGUGGUGAACAGCUAGGCCCAGCCAGCCAGCAUUUGAUAGACAAAGCUGCCAUUGUGAAAACGUGUCCUAAUCCGAAUUUUCACGGGAUUUCUCAAUAAAGCUAGUACUGCUGCUAUAUAUA